ACUGAAUGUUGCUGAAACUCCGGGGAUCAUGCGCCGGCUUGGCUGCUGCUUCCCCUCCGGGUGCCUCUGCUGCCGUCGCCGCCACUGCUGCCGCCGUCCGCGGAAUGCUCAGUAACCCUCUGUCCGGCCCCCGCGAGCCUGUGUUCCUUGGAAGCCGUUUGCUGCAGCAGAGUUGCGCGAAGUAGUCAUGGUGCUGUGGGAGUCCCCGCGGCAGUGCAGCAGCUGGACACUUUGCGAGGGCUUUUGCUGGCUCCUGCUGCUGCCGGUGAUGCUGCUCAUCGUAGUCCGCCCGGUGAAGCUCGCAGCUUUCCCUACCUCCUUAAGUGACUGCCAAACGCCCACCGGCUGGAACUGCUCUGGUUAUGAUGACAGAGAAAAUGAUCUCUUCCUCUGUGACACCAACACCUGUAAAUUUGAUGGGGAGUGUUUAAGAAUUGGAGACACUGUGACUUGCGUCUGUCAAUUCAAGUGCAACAGUGACUACGUGCCUGUAUGUGGCUCCAAUGGGGAGAGCUACCAGAAUGAGUGUUACCUGCGGCAGGCUGCAUGCAAACAGCAGAGCGAGAUACUUGUGGUGUCGGAAGGAUCAUGUGCCACAGAUGCAGGAUCAGGAUCUGGAGAUGGAGGUAGGAGUUGCAUUUUUAUAUAUUUAGAAGUGGAUGUUUUUGUGAACAUUUGCUUAUAUAUUUUGUUACAAAUAUCAGAGACAGUUUAACAUUUUGCAUUUUAGGAACAGAGAAAACAUAAAAAUAGCAUUCGUGUUAUUAAGUAAAUGUAUAUUGCAUGCAAAUUCUUUGGCAUAUUUAUUAAUCAUACUUAAGAAGUCUAU